AGCAAAGCAUGCAACUUACAUGGACUAAGCCCCGCUCAACUGAUAAGGAGGAAAGAAGAGGAGGAGGAGAUGGGCGGCUACUACAUCGUGAAUGGCAUCGAAAGGGUCAUGAGGAUGCUGAUAAUGCCCAGAAGAAACAUGCCAAUGACAAUCAUGCGUCCGCAGUGGAAGACUAGGGGAAAGGGUUUCACAGAAUUUGGUGUUGUGAUGCGAUGUGUAAGAAGUGACCAGACAACAACAAAUUUGAUCCUUCACUACUUGAGCAAUGGAAAUGCAGUUUUAAGUUUUAUUUAUCGAAAAGAGCAGUUCUUUGUACCUAUUCUCCUUCUCCUUAAGGCAUUGGUGAACACAACUGACCAGAACAUUUUCAACCAGAUAUUGAUGGGUCAAGAGAAGAACACGUUUCUCAUUGGGUGUGUCAACAGCAUGUUGCGCCAAGCGCAGGACCAGUCGCUGACAACACGCUCGGCCAUAUUAAAGUACAUUGGCGAAAGGUUUCGUAUCAAGUUGAACGUACCGGAGUGGUUCACGGACACAGAGGUUACCAAGUUCCUACUGCAUCAUUGCAUAUGUGUACAUGCUGCGACGGACCAAGACAAGUUCAACUCCCUCAUAUUCAUGGCAAGAAAGUUGUAUGCAUUUGCCAAAGGGGAAUGCUGCCAAGAGAGCACUGACAGUCCCAUGAACCAGGAAGUACUUCUUGCAGGUCAUCUAUACCUCAUGGUACUCAAGGAAAAACUGGAGAAUUGGUUGAUUGGUGUUAGGAUGAAUUUAGAAAAAGCAGCCAAAAGUAAAGGAGAAACAUUCAAAGUUGAUCAGAAAACCAUGUCAGAUGCCAUGUGUCACGUUAGUGAUCUGUCACGACCUAUGGAGUAUCUCAUAUCUACCGGUAACCUGGCAUCUAAAACAGGACUCGGCCUAAUGCAGGCCGCUGGUUUAACUGUUGUGGCUGAUAAGCUCAACUUUAUGAGGUACAUCUCUCAUUUCCGCUGCAUUCAUCGAGGAGCUUUUUUCUCAGAGAUGAGAACAACAAGUGUAAGGAAGCUACUGCCAGAAGCCUGGGGAUUUUUAUGUCCUGUUCACACACCAGAUGGAACACCAUGUGGUCUGAUGAACCACUUGUCUGCAAACUGUGUAGUUGUGAACCAACAGCCAAUGACAGCUCACUUAUCUCGUCUGCUGUGUAGCUUGGGUAUGAUACCUUAUGACAGUGUAGGAGCUGAGACCAGCCAAUGUCUACUGGUCUUACUGGAUGGAAGAGUUCUUGGAAUUAUAAGUGAAGAUGCAGCAAAAGAACUUGCAAACAAACUACGAAUGAUGAAAGUUAAUGGACUACAAAAUGUUCCAUCUACCAUGGAGAUUGUGUUGGUAGUACGAACAACAAAAGCAUCCCAGUAUCCAGGCUUGUUCCUCUUCACAACCCCUGCAAGAAUGAUGAGACCUGUUUUCAAUUUAGCUGGGGCUAAAACUGAGUUAAUUGGCACAUUUGAACAGGUGUACAUGGAUAUUGCAGUUACACCUAGUGAGGCUCACCCUGGGGUUACCACUCACAUGGAAGAGAGUGCAACUAGCAUCUUAAGUGCUGUAGCAAGCUUGACACCAUUCUCGGACUUCAACCAAAGUCCCAGGAAUAUGUACCAAUGUCAGAUGGGUAAACAAACAAUGGGAUUUCCAUCAUAUUUAAUUCCUUAUCGAAGUGACCACAAAAUGUACAAGCUGCAGACACCCCAGAGUCCAUUGGUACGUCCAUCUUGCUAUUUAGACUACAACAUGGAUAAAUUUCCACUCGGAACCAAUGCAGUCGUUGCUGUUAUAUCUUACACUGGCUAUGACAUGGAAGAUGCUAUGAUUUUAAAUAAAGGAUCAUUUGAGCGAGGAUUUGCACAUGCAACGGUCUACAAAACUGAAGAAAUUGAUCUCAAGAAGAAAAGUCAAAAUAGUGGCAACAGAGUUUCACUAAUAUUUGGCACUGAUGAAAAUGACAGACGUGUAUCUGGUAAACUUGACCGUGAUGGUUUACCUGCAGUAGGUACAGUGAUUCAAUCAGGAGAUCCAAUGUACUGUUAUCUCAACCUUGAAACAGCAACGUACCAUGUGGAACGGUACAAGGGCCUGGAAACUGUCAUGGUAGACAAAGUUAAAAAGGCCGGUAAUGACCUGGGAAACAUGGAAUGUCAAAGGGUAUUCAUUACAUUAAGAAUUGAGAGAAAUCCCAUUAUAGGUGAUAAAUUUUCAAGUCGUCAUGGACAAAAAGGUGUGUGCAGUCAGAAAUGGCCACAAGAAAACAUGCCCUUUACAGAAAGUGGAAUGACUCCGGACAUCAUCUUCAAUCCACAUGGAUUCCCAUCUCGUAUGACAAUAGGUAUGAUGAUCGAGAGUAUGGCAGGCAAGUCUGGAUGUCUACACGGAAUGUGCCAUGAUGCAACCCCAUUUACAUUCUCAGAAGACACACCCGCCAUUGAUUACUUUGGCAGAAUGCUUACUGCAGCUGGCUAUAAUUACUAUGGAACUGAACGUAUGUACAGUGGAGCAAGCGGUGUAGAACUUGAAGCAGAUAUUUUUAUAGGCAUUGUGUACUAUCAACGACUUCGGCAUAUGGUAGCAGAUAAGUUUCAGGUACGCUCAACUGGUCCUAUCGAUACCGUCACACAUCAACCAAUCAAAGGCCGCAAACGUGGUGGUGGAAUCCGAUUCGGAGAAAUGGAACGGGACUCUUUAUUGGCUCAUGGAACAUCAUACCUGCUGCAGGAUCGUCUUCUUGGUUGCUCAGAUAAAACCAUUGCACGAGUUUGUAGUAAAUGUGGAUCCAUUUUGGGGGUUAGCCUGGAAAAGAUGAAGGGGGAAGCUGAUGUGAUAUCAAAUCGAAAAUGGGUUUGUAGCAGCUGUCAAUCAAACAAAGAUAUAGACAUUAUUGCUGUACCUUAUGUGUUUCAGUAUCUGGUCGCUGAGUUGGGAGCCAUGAAUAUCAAAACUACUUUCACCGUAACUUGAUCAAUCAUCUGAAGAUGAUGAAUGUCAGGGGCAGAUCUAGGAUGGUUCUGCAUGCGAGCAAGAGGGAUGGGCGAGAAGCUCCAUUCGAGGACCAGUGGUCAAGAGGAAUAAUCAAAAAGAAUGUCCUCCCCACUAGUGUGGCCUUGAGGGUGCAUAACUUUUGAAAGUUUCCAAGUUUUAGCCAUCUCUUAUCUAAAUGGUUUCCCGUUUGAUUAAAAGAUUUUUUCUAUUGCUGGAGAGGGGGAAUACCUCUUUUGUCACUGUACCCCUGUAUUUCCACUGGUGUGUUCAUAAAAUUAAAGAUGUGUUGAACAGAAUCUGAAGAAAUAUAAUAUAUGUUCCAAAACACGAUAAAUGUUUUGAUAUAUCAUGAACGGUUAGAACACAACAAAAACAUAAAAAUAUAAUAAACGAUUCAAAACCGUAUCGACACAUCAAUACGUAACAGAUGAUUUGAAACCCAGUGGACAUUUUGAACGCAAUGAAUGAUUAGGUACGUAAUGGAGAGUGCAAAUGUAAU